CGUGGAGUCUAGCAGUUAAGGUGUGUGACUUUUAAAUCUGUCUUAUUUUGGUGCAGUAAUCGCACCCAAGUUCGAAAAUUGCGGACAUUGGUACCACAACAUUACCGGUCGAGAAAUAGCUGCACAGCUCUCAUCGGAGAAAGUACACGUAGCUUCACUCAAAAUGGAUUUCCCAGAAGAUUCAACUCAUGACGCCGUUAGAGUAAAAUCCGUUCCAAAACAUGAAAUCACAGAGAUAGUGGAAAAAAUGAACACUGUUGAAAUAUCCUGCUGCUCUGCCAGAAACAAUGGUUCAGAAGGUAACGUUAACACCGAAGUAACUGCUGAUGUGAUCGAAGAAUCGCAGGUCGAAUUAGAGCGGAACUUGGCAGGAAGAUGUGAUCAGUUGUCCAAAAAAUCAAAUGAAGAAACUGGUUCAACCGAGGCGAACAAUUCCAAAACAACCCGUGAGGCACAGCCAUGCAGGGACAGGACACUCUCUGAUAGAAUUAAAUUUAAAAAAUCUGGCAAACAUCGACCUAUUAAGCCGCAAAUCAGUGAAAAUUUACCGGUUCAAGUUCGAAAAGAAACACUUCGUCAACAAGGUAUUUUUCGAGACAAAAAUGAAUACAUUAAAAUGAAGGCCCCACUUACCAAAAGCAUUGAUCAGCUACAUAUUUCGGCUCGUUUAAACUAUGAAAACAUGGAUAUUAAACUGCAUAACGAAGGGUGUCUAAUGACAGCUGAUUACAAUUUUGUGGCGCAGGUUAUUAUCGCACAAUACCAGCAGUUGGCUGUAUCAGAAAACUUCAAUCAGGCGAAAAAAAUCCUGCUUAACGAACUACAAAUCGUCCGUGUACUGGUCGAUGAUUUAACUGCCCGAAGGAAUAGGUUACAUGAAAUACUUUUCUGUAAGAUGAAAGAUGUUAUAGCAAAGUCACCAACAGAUUGUGUAAAAUUGUUUCGAAUGGUAUCAACAUUGGAUGAACGCAAACACUUGAAUGAUUUCGUCUUAUGUGAUAAGAUUGGUCAAAGCCAGUUUGAGUCAAAUGAUUUAACGCAGAUCGCUAAAGAGUUGGGAUCUAUUUUACCUGUAAUAUCGAAGAGGAAUAAAUCAUUAUCACGCUUCAACUUUCAGUCCAAAAUUCUAUGGCAAGAAGUUCGCGAUAAUUUAGUUCAGCUACGUGAUGAAGCAGUAGAAAGCCAUCGGCGUAUUGUACUGGACAGAGCACCGAAAUAUUUACUAGAUGGACUGAGCGAUGUCGACCAAGCACACAUCAUGUUAAUCCAGAAGGAAGACGUAAAACUAUUUGCCGAUAUGGCAAGUGUUCUGAAUGAGAAGGUUUUUCAGCAACCUUUGCAGACGUUGGCUCAUCGUUGGGUACAACGUGUAAAAACAGUCAACGAUGCAACGGGGCCAUUGACGAACCAAAUCUAUUAUUUCUUGUGCAAAAGCUUAGAUGAGUUGAUUGCUACUAUUAGUGAAAUGUCGAAUAUGCCCGUAACUGAAUUACUCAUUAGUAAAGCUAGCGGUUGGAAUCCAGCCCGCAGGAUACGUUGGCCAACUCAGAAUUCUCUGACGAAGUGCCUGGAGAAAGAGUAUUACUUCAUAUUUAAACUUCUGAAUCACUUCGAUUUAGGAACGAAGAGUGUAAGGACUUCUUUUCUAUACAACAUGAAAUUGUUCAAAAAUCCGAUAGCACCGUCUGUAUUGCACAGUGCCUUGGGACAGUUAAAACGAUGGGUUAGUCCGUACCACACAACACUUAAUGAUCUGAGCAUCGCCGAAGACUUCUACGUGUGGUACUGCUUAUUAGAUGACGUACUUCACCAUAGCCUACAAGCAAGCGGACCAUUAGUACUUGAUUACUUUGAGACGGUCGUUCAGGGUUACACCUGUCUUGUUCUUAAAACUUGCCAAGAUCAACUUGAAACAAUACGUGUAAUGACCCACAACAUAGCACGAUUUAUCGUUCAGACCGCGCCGUUCGUCACUCAUUCAGACAGUAGCUACUUAGACAAGCAGAUCCUGCAAAAACAACUUCAAUUGGUAAAUUUUAACGCAACUUUGUCAAACAAUUUUCGUGACUUGUUUGAUGUAUUCAACCUAUUUUGGCAAAAUAAGAUCGAAAUUGUUGCCAAAAUACCAUCUAAAAUCAAUCUGCCGGAUAUAGCACAGGUUCGGAACAGUUUAUUGGAAAUUAUGUUACUAGCUUCAGAUAAAAAAGUCCACGCUUCAGAAAUGAUUACAUUUUAUCGAACGUAUAACGAUUUUAUAGUUGAUUUGAACGAUAUAUCGUUUGAUUGGCUAUUAAAAGAUAUUCCUGGCGUGGAUAUGCAAAGCCUGAUAACUUUAAAACUGAUAGUACAGAUCCCGAAUAAAUGGAAGGAUACCUCCAACAGGACGUAUAUGGUUUCAGAAGCAGAAAAGUUCACCAAGUUUAUGCCUAUUUUUCACGCAAAUACUCCGCUCCCGAAGCAUUAUGUGCUGGAAAUAAUUACUCAUUUGCUAACGUACAUCCGCCAGCAGUUGGAUAAAAAGAAAUGGAUAACCGGCGAGAUUCUGUCUGAGCUCGAUCAAAUUAAAUCUUGCAACGAGCUCAUAUUUGCUGUGCGAAACUCAUUGCUUUACCUGAAGGAACAGGAGGAUUAUAUAUCCUUUGAGCAGUUUUUCACAGCAAGCGUCAACCCAUUUACAAGUGUGGUAGGUAAGAGCUUAUCGAGUAGCGACUUCUCCAACCGCAUUUAUUUGAUCAAAGAAUCGUUCUGGUACAUCCGAAAACAAAACGAAAUGGAUAUUGAUCAAGCAUUGGACCUCUACCAGAAAUUAAACUUGGGGAAUGAAACCGAACUGCUUCGCGAAACCUAUCAGCUUUACCUCGGUGAAUACCAGAAAUACAUGCAAUUACACACGAACACAGCGGAGUACAGUGCUAGGGCGCAACUGGUUGCCAACGAAGUCAAACAAUGUGUUCAAACCAACCAUUUCAAAUGUUGGAACAGACAGUUUAAGCAGGAAAACUUACCGAAAGUUCUGGCAGGACUUGCAGCUGUGUGGUCUAUCCUGGUAUCCAAGGAUGUUUCUAGCACAGGACAAUAUCUCAGUCCCCAUUGUAUCCAGAUUUUGUGCAUUCUGCGACUGCUUAGCGUAGAUCGAUCAUCAAACGGAAUCGUCAAACAUCUGGCGCAAGUUCUAACGGGACAAGGGAAAUCACUGGUGCUGGCUUUGACCGCUGCACUGUUGGCCCUUACUGGGCAUAAUGUUCGAAUUGUGUGCUACAACGAAUAUUUGGUGACAAGAGAUAAACAGGACUUCAAACAGUUUUUAUGUGUUUUUAGUAUUAGAGAUGAUAUUGUUUAUAGUACAUUUGAUGAUAUGGCAAACCAUACUAUACAACCUAAGGUCUCUGGAAUACGAACUAGCUUACAGACGCUGGUUGUAAACUUGAUAAUGAACGACAACAUAACCCGGUAUCGAAAGUUCGAUUCUGAGAAAUUGGAUAAUUCAGUUCUAUUGAUUGACGAAGUGGACGUUUUCUUCACGGAGGAUUUUUAUGGCACAACGUACAAUGCUGGAGCCAAUGUUAUAUUACCAGGUUUGGAUAAAAUUCAGGAACAAAUAUGGAUUUCCGCCAAGGACCCUUCUUCUUCUUCAGCAAUGAUAGAGCAGCAAAUAAAAAAUUACAUAGAAUCUCCCAGAUUCGUUGAAGGUGCGAAUCUGAAAAAAAUUCUUGGCAAAACUAAAGGUUUCUACUUGCUGGAGCACGUAAAUAAAGACAAUUCGCAAAAGUUUUUUACAAAUCAAACAUUGUUUAACGAUCACCUGAAAAGAAUGAUAGACUGUGCCAUAGCCGUUUGCCAAAAACCAGCCUCAUACUGGAUAGACUACAAACUAAGUACCGAUGGAAAGAUGCUUCGUAAACAUCGCGAAGAAUAUGGGCGAUGGCGUUGCUCUUACUACAACACCUUCAACUAUUUUCGAUUGAAGCAAACCGAUUUCGUUACCGUAAUAGACGGACAUUCAAAUUAUGGCUAUUUGAAUAUAUCUAGCGGAUCAAUAUCUUACGCAAUGAUUCCCCAGAACUACCCGCUAAUAAUAGGUGUUUCUGGAACGUUGACCAACCUUAACCAGUACGAACGAAAAUCCAUCCAGGAGCUGUACAGCAUCCACGAACUGACAGCGAUGCCAACCUUCUUCGGCUGCUCAAAUCUUCAGUUCGACCAAGUGGCAAACUUCGAUUGGCAUCGCAAUGAGAUGGACUGGAUGAAUCGGAUUUUCAGUCGCGCCAAUGCGGUUCUCGCUGCGAAACGGUCAGUUCUGGUCUUUUUCGAAACCGACAUCAUUUUGAACAGAUUUCUCUCCCAGUACACGGGACUAUUUGACCGUUUGAAUGUGCUGACGGAGAAUACCGAGGACGCGUUGAAGCAUCAGUUCAUCAAUGAGGCAGGUGUGGUCAAAACUAUCACACUGGCCACUCGUGGCAUGGGACGUGGGGUGGAUUACAAGUCGAGCGUGGCCGUCGAGAAGAAUGGAGGAGUUCAUGUUAUUCAAACAUUCUUCUCGCUGGAUGUCAAAGAAGAGACACAAAUUAAAGGACGAACUGCCAGGAAGGAUAACAGAGGAAGCUACGAGUUGAUAAUCUGCUCAAGUCAUUUGCAAAAGGGUGAACUUUGUGAUGAUACGUACGGUAUUUGCUACAGCAGUUUAGAUUCAUCGAGGGAUCGCGUGGCGCUCCAAAAGAAUCAGGUUAUUUCGAAUAAUAUCGAAAAAGCUAAAACUAUCCAUGAGAAUACGAUGCUUUACAUGAAAUCUUUUUUUAUGUCAUAAUAUAAAUGAAAACCAAAUUUGAUUACCUGUUUUUUAUUCAGUCUAUUUAUUUGAUACGGAAGGAUGCGUUAGUUUGAAAGUGCCAAUGGACUAAGGCCCGAUUUAUUCACCCUCGCUUAACGCUUAAACCAGGUUUAAUCGCAUCGGUAAACCUGGUUUAAAAGUUAAGCAAGGGUGAAGAAAUCGGCCCUAAGAGAAACAAUUGUGUGACUUUUAAGGAGGAGGGGUAAGGUUUACCGAAUAAACCUAAAUAAAUAGAUAAGUUACAUUAAAAACGCUUUUAAUCCACCUAACAGUGUGAUGAGACAUUUCUUAUAACUCUUAUUACUCUCUUCGGAUAUUGUAUCGUUUGAGAACAUUUAGAUCUUGAUGCUUCGCGAUGUUUUUGAUAACACAUACUACAUGGGAUAGUGGCAGGACUCAGAGAAUCGCUCAAAUCAGCAUAGGACAACAUCAGUGCUAGAAAUCUCAAACCAAAUCAAUGGGAAAGCGAAAAAUGGCCCAUAAAAUAGACAUACCAACGAAUUAUUGUUAAUGCUCUGUAAAUAAAAUAUCUAAAUUGUGGUGGGAAAACUGAAUUUUCCUAAAGGGGUUAUAUAUUGUACUGAGCCAAAAAAUUCGAUUUUUUUUUGAAUCGAUUUGAAGUUUAUACUUUACUCAAAUUUCCAACGCGACUGAGAACUAAGAAAUCAACGCUUUUUCUGGAAAACUACUAGCAGUGACACCAUUCAAAGAAAAUCAACAGUGAAUAUUUCCAGUAUUUUAUAUUCUAGAUUGCAUGAUUCAGUGAUCGAAACCCAAAACUUCAUAAAGUAUUUGAAAUUAUUAAAUUAAAAUUUGUUUUUGCUAUUGAAAUUGACAAAAUUAUAGUAUCGCCCCUUUGGCGAUUGUUUACAUUUUCGGUCCCACCUAUCAGCAUUGAAGUAUCGCCCUUACGUUUUUUACAAUAACUACAGUUUUACACCACCGAUUUCGUCCGGGUUUUUUCAAUAGCGAUCAUUGUUACUAUUUACAGCUGGUAUCAGCUUGAUAAUCCUAAAAAAUAUGAAAAAACAGUUUCGCCUCUAAACUGCUAGCAAAAAAAGUAUCGCCCUGAUUGUUUGCAUGGAGCGUGGAGGGCGAAACUUUAAAUAAACAAACAAAAAUACAGUUUCGCCCGUUGUAUUUUUUGCUGUAGUUUAAGAAAGCAAAAUCGUAGAAUCCAAUUUUUUAGGUAAAUUUAUUGCGUUUCAAAGCCCUCAUUCGCAUGUAUGAAAAAAAAAAAAACCUUAUGUUUAUAUUUGUAAGUAUCGCCCUUUUCACAAAAAAGCGUUGAAAUGGAAUCGCAGAUCCUGAUAUCACGCUAUCUCUGAAGUGCAUGCGUGCAUAGUUCCAAAUUUUACUUCGACUUCGACUUCGACUUUUUCUAAAGGUGACUUCCCAGUAGUAUCCUUGAUUUGAAUUAUUAUCGCUAAUCCUAAUGCCAAAGAACAAAUAAAAACCUCUCGAAAACGAACCAUUUGGGAAAAUCAUCAUCAUUA